GUGAAUCCUUUUUGACAUACGCGACACACGAGUUUCUUGACCCCUGCAGAUGAUACAGACGAGAUAGGCGGCCCUGGCAUGAUCUCUAGCGACGCCAUCUUCGAUGGUUAGAGAUGUGGGAAAAGGAAAGAGGAGAUUGAGGAGAAGAUCGUGUGGAGAGGCGAUUGUGGGGUGUGGGACCCCCUCGUUGAUUAGGAUUUCUAACCAAUCCUUUCGUCGAGGUCGUGGGGUUGAUAGCGAGUCUUACGAAUCACUGCGACAAUCCGACGGAAUUAUAACAUUGGGACUAUCUAAUCCAAUAAUAGCCCACGGGGUAAUGCAUUAAGGAUGGAUGCAUUAAGGAUGGAGGACGGAGUACAAGUAUGACCAUGGUUUGGUAGGGGCUGUGGCAAUACCUUGGGAAAGUGAGGUUCAAAGACUUUUUCGCCUCCUUGCCUCCUUGAUUUGGAAAAUACAGUACGCCAGUACACGCUUCAGUGACCAGCAGACAACCGAGGCGCAAUUUCUCCUCGUAAUGGCCAAUGAGUUUGGGAAUCAACGACAGAUCCACUCAUAGUCGGCAAUUCAGCUCAUCAAUCGUACAAUUCGUAGCCGGACAAACCCCCCCCAGCGACCUUCCAAGAAGCCACAUAAUCAAAGACCCUAGAGGAAAAUCCCCCAAGAAGGACGUGCAUAACCAUUCCGCAAAGGGUCUAGGACCGGAAGAAUUUGGAGAUUCGGAUACGGGGAACUGAGGCGAUCCCGGGGGUGCUUAGGAGUGACCGCAUGGUUGCAACGAUUUUCGGUACUUGGCGCGCACGCAGUAUGCCGGGAUACGUAGUGUACCACUCUACCAGACAGGCGACAGAAGCAUUCGGGUACUGUAGCCGUUUCCAAGUGCCAGGAUGGGCCAGGAUGGGCCCGGAUGAGCCACCGAAUGGACCAUGAUGGGGCUCCUGACCAAUCUGUAAGCUAUGGAAGUAUGGAAGGUCGCUGAAUGGAGGCUGUCAACUCGCCGAGUCCGAACGGAGCCCACCGGCCUGCCGUGGAGACCCUCCGCGUUUCUCUCCAGGCGAGCCGACCGUGCUCGGCAACGACCAGAGGGGGGGUGGAGAGAAGACGGGGUUCACGGGGAUACUGAUAGGCUUAGGCCCGAUGAUUAUGCGCACUCACCGGGCGCUUGGCAACACGCCAGGCCACGCCAGUUAGGGUUUUUUUUCACUUCCAACCAUUUCGUUACGGGGAAGCCUCCUACCUGGUACAGUUCAAUUCAACUUCCACGAGGAUUCGAUUCCGAGGUCUUUGCUUCCCUCCCUGCUUUAGUUCACCGGAACCCGUCUCUCCCACUCCGCAGCCCGGGUGGCAUUUUCGUAGUAGUUUCUUCCUCCCAUUUGAUCUUCCAUCUACCAAAGCCCUAAGAGGGAACCACGACCUGCCAGGGGAAAAUUGAUCAACGCCGUCGUUUUCCAUCGUUCUCCCCCGCAAAAGGGCUUCCAGGCACGUCCAGUGCUUGCCAGCGUCUCUUUCCCCUUAUCCCGAUCACCUUCUUCGGCCUUCGGGUCCUCGUCAACAUGCCGUCUUUCGAACUUCAGCCGUCAUCGUCUCGGGCCGUAGACCAGCCCGAGGAUAACUCGGUUACCAAAGCCGACAUUGAUCUCGUCGAGAGUGCAGGAGCUGGCCGGGCGGCCACCUACGAGGAGUCUGUGGCUGCUCGUCUUCCCAAAGCUCAUCGAGAUUAUCUCCUUGAACGCCAUGGCACAUUGGAACUCGAUCCUAUCCCCAGCAUGGGGCCUGACGACCCCUACAACUGGCCUGAGUGGAAGAAAAUGUCUAAUUUGAUCCUGGUGGCAUUCCACGCUUGUAUGGCUACAUUCACUGCCGCCGCCAUCAUCCCCGCCUAUUCCAGCAUUGCAGAGGGCCUGGGCAUCUCCCUGCAACAGGCGAGUUACUUGACCUCAGUGCAGAUUGCUAUUCUAGGAGGUGCACCGCUAUUCUGGAAGCCUCUGUCUAACCGGUUUGGCCGUCGACCCAUUUUCUUGCUAUCGUUGAUCCUCAGUGCGGUCUGUAACAUUGGCUGUGCGAAGAGUACGACUUAUGCAUCCGUAAUGGCGUGCCGUGCCUUGGUGGCUUUCUUCAUCUCCCCUGCCUCGGCGAUUGGUAGUGCCAUCGUGAUGGAGACCACCUUCAAGAAGGACCGCGCCCGUUACAUGGGUGUCUGGACCUUGAUGGUCACCCUGGGAGUCCCGAUCGGCCCCUUUAUCUUCGGCUUUGUGACCUACCGGUUGAAUUAUACCUGGAUAUACUGGAUUCUGGCUAUGAUCAAUGGUGGCCAAUUCAUCCUGUAUCUGUUCUUCGGACCGGAGACCCGUUGGGUCGGCAGUGGUGUCGAUCGCGAGGUGCCCACCUGGAAGACUGAAUAUAUGUCUCUCCGGCGUAUCGACCCAAGUCCUCUGAACUGGUUGGAGUUCGUGCGCCCGUUAACCAUGGUCCGCCGCCCGUCCAUUGUCAUCCCCGCCUGUGCAUACGCCAUGUGCUUCCUAUGGGGUGGCAUCCUCCCCACCGUUGAGGUUCCCCAACUCCUGCAAGAGAAAUUCGGACUCAACGCAGAACAGCUCGGUCUGCAAUUCCUGGGUGCCAUCAUUGGAUCCCUGAUCGGUGAGCAGAUGGGCGGUGCGCUAUCCGAUUACUGGAUGACGCGGCGUCAGCACCGUCUGAACCGUAAGCCCGACCCGGAGUUCCGUCUGUGGCUGAGCUACUUUGGCUUUGCCCUGGUCAUCAUCGGUAUCGUCGUCUUCUUGGUCUGCACGCAGGAGUCUCCUUCCGGUCAUUGGAACGUAUCCCCCAUCAUUGGCAUUGGUAUUGGCGCCGCUGGUAAUCAGCUCGUGACCACCGUCAUGAUCACCUAUGCCGUAGACUGUUUCCCUCAAGAGGCCGCCAGCGUGGGUGUGUUUAUCACCUUUGUGCGACAGAUUUGGGGAUUCAUCGGUCCCUUUUGGUUCUCGCCCAUGUUUGAGAAUGUCGGCGUCGCGCCCAGUUCUGGAAUUGGCUGCGCGAUGGUCUUCGCGGUUAGCGUUGUCCCAACUAUCGUCCUGCAUUGGCGUGGAGCAAUCUGGCGUCGGAGCGCAGGCGGAGAGGAGUAAACGGCGACAGGUGUUCAAUUUAUUCUUGACUUCGGAGAGAAAGUUAUCGUGAUAUGCUCCCUUUCAGCGAAGCUUUGCACAGGACUUUGCGUUUUGUUUCGUUUUUUGUAUAGAUCGGUCGGUCGCGCGGAUAGAAUUUUCGGCAUCGGGACGGGUAGAAUGGACUCAGGAGGUGUCUGCCAACUGUAUAUAGAUCGAUGCAGUGACAUGAAUAUAGAACAGUCUUUGUGGAUGAUCAAGGCAUUCUGGAAGACUGGAAGAAAGCAUGCAGCAAAUUAGCAAUCAAACGUCGUCAAAUGAGUUAAGGUCAGCGUGCAUAAUGUGCAGCAGUCAAGAGCUUUUGCUCAACUGCAAAACUCGUGCGGACACACUAAGAGCCGAAACCACGAGCAAAGAAUAAGAAAAAAGGUCGAAAUGAAUGAAUAGACAUGUAGCAAGACAAAAAGAAAGGAAACCGACAGCAUCAAGAGGAAAAAAUAGACAAGACCUCUGGCAUAAAUGAAAAACCGCAGCACGAUCCAACCCAGCG